GCCAAUUGGCUAGUUUAGACGACGCGUCACUUCCGGUAAAGAAUAAUGGCGAUGUCCAUGAGCGUUCUGGCACAUUGACCACCAGCAGAAAUCAGAGGUUAGUUUUUAUCCACAUUCAGCGUGGAGCCGGUUUUAUGUGUUUGAAUGAAAACAACCACCACCGCUUCCUGCUGAUUUCCGAGGAGCUUUCAGAGACGUCAGCGGUCGGGUUAGCUUGUGUGGCUACAGCUAGCCGUUAGCUACGUGUUUACGCAAGAUCAUGGCCCUCCACAGACUGACUUUCAGGCUAAGGCCAAAGGUCAGGUCUCUUUACACCAGCGGAUGUUGGCAGCAGGAGGCUGCUGCUCCGCAGUCCGAACCUGAACCCCUCUCGGUCUGCAGAACACAGGAGACAGACCCGGCCGGUCACACAGAGAAACACAUCGGACAGUUCUACACGCUGCCGCCCUCUCACGUCCGCCCUCUGUUCCCUCAUGGCCUCCCCUACCGCUUUCAGCAACAGGCAAAAACGUUCAACGAAGCCUGCGUCAUGGUAAGGCAGCCGGCCCUGGAGGUCAUCUCGUACCUGAAAAGCACGGACUUCAGCAAACCUGCUCAGAGAUAUUUAUUCUACGGGUUAAAGGGUAGCGGCAAAACCAUGUCCCUCUGUCACACCGUCCACUUCUGCUACACACAGGGAUGGCUGGUGCUGCACGUUCCCGAUGCGCAUCUGUGGGUGAAGAACUGUAAGGAGCUGCUGCCGUCGUCUUAUAAAGACACUCGCUUUGAUCAGCCGCUACAGGCGGUGACGUGGCUACGCAACUUCAAAAUUACCAACGAGCCCUUUCUUUCCAAGAUAAAAACGAAGCAUCGCUACGUGUGGACGAAGCGGGAGUUCACCGAGGAGGGGAGUCUGCUCGGAGCGCUGGUGGAUCAGGGCAUUUCUCGAGUGAAGAGCAGCAGCGACGUGGCGGGGGCGCUGAUGAAGGAACUCAGGCUGCAAAGCGGGCAGCCAGACGCAGUCUUCCGAUUGGCCGUGGCUGUGGACGGCGUCAACGCUUUGUGGGGGAGGUCCACGAUCAAAAAGGAGGACAAGAGCGCUGUGGAUCCAGAGGAGCUGACUUUGGUUCAUAACCUGAAGAAGCUGAUGAAGAACGACUGGAGCGGAGGUGCCAUCGUCACCACCUUGUCUCAGACCGGCUCUCUCUACACACCAAAAUCUUUCUACUUGCCUCGGGAGCUGCUCGGAGAGACGGGGUUUGACAGCAUGGAUCCGUUCAUCCCAGUUUCGGUUCCUGACUACAGCGAGAAGGAGUUUGAGAGCUGUUACCUUUACUACAUGGACCGCAACUGGCUGCAGCAUCCGCAGAGUCGGCAAGAAGACGGGAAGAAGGAGCUCAUCUUUCUGAGCAACAGGAAUCCAUCUUUGUUUGAGAGACUUUGUGGUUUCUUAUAAAAAAACUUUUCUUCCCUAAAAUGCAGGAAACUUAUUGUACCACGAACGCGUAACCCUGUUUCACGUCUAAAGUGUGUAUCCAGCUGUAAACCUUGUGCUGUUUUGUUAAUAAAAUAUUAACAUGAA